GGAAGAUCUUAAAUUAUUGGUCUACGUUUUUGAUGCAGAGGGUGAAAGUGAAACCGAGUAGUCCUCGAUGGAGAAGAGGGCGAGAGGAUAUCUACGAGUAACCCAACAAGAUUCCGAGCGGAUCGCCCUCCUCAACAUCCCUCGACCUCAAGCCUUCUACUGUUUCUACACAGAGUUCAACCUCAGAGGCAUACGGGUCGACCGAUUCCAACCCGGCUCCGUCACUUGCUCUUUCACAGUACCCCUUCGCCUUACUGAUAGGAAUGGAUAUCUUGCAGUGGGUGCAAUUGCGGGUUUAGUAGAUGUGAUUGGUGCGACUUUGGUGUAUAACAAGGAUGAAUCUCUUAAUGUUUCUUCCGAUAUGUCGAUUUCUUACCUUUCUAUGGCCAAGUUGAAUGAUGAGAUGGAGAUUAGCGGAAAGCUUCUGGGUAGAAAAGGGGGAUACCGAGGAACUCUUAUCAUUUUUAAAAAGAAAGCAACCGGAGAGAUGAUUGCCGAAGGACGGCAUUCAUUGUUUUGUAAACCAACUAGCAAAAUCUGAAAUAAGAUUGCUCUCCUGAUUAUAUAAGAAGGUCUGAAUUCACAAAUGAGGUCUUCUGUUCAGUUAUAUUCAAAUCUCGGUAUCACCUUUUUUGGUCUUUGAUAUUGUGAUCUACGAUUUCGCAUAUUAGUUGUGGGACCCAUUGGGGUUCGCUUCAAGAACUUGUUUUGGUGUUUGAUGUUUAUCUUUUUUGAAUGAAGAUGAAACCUUUGAGUGGUUGGAAGGUGUAUGAUAUAAUUUGUGUAAUAAUAUUUAAUAUAUUAUUUAUUUGUAACAAAUUUAAAUUGACCUCCCC